AUGGAAGACGAUCCCAAGUAUGCUGCCGAUGGAGAGGCAGGUGAUGUACAGGGAGCAUCAUUGUGGGAGAUCAUCAAGGCACAGUUCCAACAUAGAGAGACAAGACAAAUGAUAUUCUCAACACUGCGCAACAUUGCAGGCUUUGCUCUGAUCACUAGAUUGUUUGCGAAACAUGCCGACGAGUUCGCUAGCAUUGACAGCGUCAUGAAGAUGAUUGAAUAG